AUGUACCUCUUCCACCACACCUUCAUCGCCAAGCCAAUCGAGGAUCAAAUCUCGCUCGUCUCUGGCAAAAAAUUCCUCGACAGCUUCUUCGGCGCCAAGACCGGUGUCGCAGGACUGAUUCUAAUUGCACUCAUCACUAUCUACGGCCUCAACCUCAUCGCCUCGUGUGGAAGGGUUGAGACUACUGUUGAAGAGAUCGAGCAGGAGCAGGAGGAUAUCGAUAGCAAGUUUGAGAAGGUGGAGAGGCGGGCCCUGACCCCCAUCAAGGAUGACUCGGACGGAAAACCAGAGGACACCGAGGACUCGUAUAAGAGUUUCAGGAUGGGACUGACGUGUUUGUGGCUGCUGUCGAAUACUGUGCUGAUCAUUGGGGUGACUAGUGAUGACUUCAGUAUGGCGGGGUUGGGAAAUACCUCGACAACUCGUAUGCCCAUGUGCUUCAGGAUCUUGCAGUAUGCGACAGCUGUAGCCGCCUUGAUUCGCUUCUUCGGCUUCUUGUGGUUUUUAUGCGGGACUAGCAUCAGGUUUUGCCUUGCGAAGCGGUAA